AUGGCAAAUUCCAGCCGAGAAACAAAGAAUCUUAGCAAUGAUGAGUAUCAAGCCAUUACCGAAGGCCUGAAAAAGAUUUACAGUCAAAAAAUCAAGUCUCUGGAAACUACUUAUAAUUUUGAGGGAUUUCAUUCACCUCCGUUAACAGAUAGUGAUAUAGAAGCCAAACCUAUCGUAUUACUCAUGGGACAAUAUUCGACUGGAAAAACAACCUUCAUAAAAUAUUUAUUAGAAAAAGAAUAUCCUGUUAUAAAAAUUAAUCUUUGUUUUCUAGGAUGUCACAUCGGUGUAGAACCAACGACGGAUCGAUUUGUUGCUGUAAUGAAUGGAGUGGAAGAAAAGGUCAUUCCUGGCAAUGCUGCAGCUGUAGAUUCACACCUACCUUAUCGAGGACUCAAUAAAUUUGGACAAGCUUUUUUAACAAGAUUUCAGGUUUCGCAACUUCCAAGUCCUAUCCUUGAGAAUAUGACGAUAAUUGAUACUCCCGGCAUUCUAGCUGGCGACAAGCAACGACUUGACCGCGGGUAUGACUUUACUUCUGUGAUCGAAUGGUUCGCUGAGAGAGCGGAUUUGAUCUUACUAUUUUUUGACUCUCACAAAUUGGAUAUUUCCAAUGAAUUCAAAUUGGCAAUCACAUCAUUGAAAGGACAAGAAGAAAAGGUCAGAGUGUUACUUAACAAAGCCGAUAUGGUCGAUGGCCAACAAUUGAUGCGUGUGUAUGGUGCUAUGAUGUGGUCACUCGGAAAAGUUGUCCAGACCCCUGAAGUAAUGCGAGUUUAUCUUGGGUCGUUCUGGUCAGAUAAACCUCCUAAUUCAUUCGAGGAUUGUAGAGCAUUACUUGAUGCUGAGCAAAAAGACCUGCUAAAAAGUCUCCGUGAAUUACCACAUAACGCUACUAUCAGAAAAGUCAAUGAGAUUGUUAAGCGAGCGAGAAUAUCAAAG